AUGUCUGAUAAAUUUUAUGAUGACCUCUGGUUGGAAGCGAAAAAAGAAAUAUCAAAAUUAGUGGCCCAAGAUAUUGCGGCCCAAGAAAACGAACUGACUGAGGAAGCUGCGUUAAAAAAAUUAAUGCCGAUUUAUUUGAAAUAUCGUAAAGUUACAAAGAUUCUGCUGUUGUGUUAUGAGCAAACAAUCCAGAGCCAAAAGAGAGAAAUCAUUGAGAAAUUUGUCGGGUGCUCGAUCGGCCGGAUGCUUGAGUACAAGAAAGAAAUUGUGAAACUGAAUUGCUCAGAAUAUGAGUGCCCAGAUGACCUGCUAAUUAAAAGUAAGUGGACGCCAAAUGAUAUUGAAAUAUCAUCGCCAAGCAUGUCAGCCAAUAAUCAAUUGUGGCAGCAUCAAAAACGUAUUGAAUAUGAAAUUGAUGAGCAAGUAUUUAAAAAAGCUGUUUUGAUGAUACAGAGUCACGAAAGAGCUAGAGUUGCUAGAAAAAUCGCUAUCAGAACCCAAAAACAGAAGGAAUAUAAUGAAAAAUUGAUGUCAGGAGAAAUUUCGCUCGAGAAAAAAAAAGAAAAUGAAAAAAAAAUUCACAAAGCUGUGGUGACUAUUCAAAAAUUAUGGCGAGGCUUUUAUGCCCGGAAGCUUUUACGAGAGCGAGCAAAUCGGUUGGAAGAAUUAUUGGGAAUGACUUCCAGUUCCAGAGAUGACCAAGUUCUGAAAAAGGAUGAAGACAAUAUAAAACGACGGCAAGACUUACGAUUGCGGGAUCUAGUCGAUUUUGAGAUGAGGAAAAGUGAACAAAAGUCUCGAGUUUUUGAAAAAAAAAGCCCUGAGCUUAUGGAAGACAUCACUGACGAAAUUCGUGAAUGGUUUCGGCUUUGGUACAAUCAAGUAGGCCAUUUUGGAAUUUUUCCUCCGGCUUCUGAUGGAGGAUCGGUUUUGAUUGCUACCGAGCACGUUCCAAGUCCGCAAGAAUUUUUAAGUCCACAGGAAAAAAGUGACAAGAUAGAGUCCGGAGAUUGGAUAAUGCCGAGGUCAAAAGUUCUUGAUACUUUAGUUGAAUUAAAUCGACAGUAUUCAUAUGACUGGGAGUUACAAGACGAUUUGAUGGGUGAUAUUUAUCAUGAAGUUCAAUUGGAAACCCGUGAAAUUGUUGAUGAUUCAAUGAGACUUGAACUGAAGCGUCUUAACAAAGCAUUGAUCAAAGAUCACAAAGACGAUAAAGUCAAAUUCAAAAUUUCCAAAGCCAAAGGCAAGCGAAAAAAACAGAAGAAAUCAAAGCUGCCGGAUGUUAAUAAAAUCCAAGAAAUGUUUGAUGAACUGGUUAAAACAAAUAUAAUAAAAAAGUAUGAAAACGUUAGAUUAGAUGAAUGGGUCAGCGACAUUUCUUACGGAGAAUCGAAGCUAAGAAAUAGUCUAGGUAACGUAAAACAAGCGGUUAUCGAUUACUGCAUUCUUCCGUUGCGAUCAAAACAAGUCCAUAAACUAACGCCUUUAACUAAAUCAAUUUGCAUCGCCGGCUUACCGAGAUCAGGAAAAAAUUUACUCGCUAAUAUAAUCUGUACUGAAGCCGGCGCUACUUUGAUAGACUUAACACCUAGUAAUUUAGCCAAUUACCGAGAAAAGGUGACAGAAAAAAAAUUAAUAAAAAUGGUAAUAGCUGUGGCGAGAUUCUCUCCAUCAGCUGUAAUUAUUUUGAUCGAUGGCGGCGAUAAGCCCUGGUGGAAGAAAGUGCCACCGGUUGAAAAAGAUACAAAACCUAAAAGACUCGCACGAUUGCUACCUAAAAUAAUAAAGUCUAUAAGCCCCGGGGAUCAGAUUCUGGUAUUGGGAAUAGCGCACGAGCCAUGGAAAUCAAAAAAACCUUUCUAUAAAUUCUACAAAAAAUUUAUAAUAAUACCGCCUACGGACUACAAUUCUCUGUUUAUGUUUUAUCAGAAAAUUAUAUCAAAAUAUCACGGGUUAGAUAAAAAUCUCGAUAUUUCGUCGCUGGCACGAGUAACAGUCGGAUAUCCACUGGGUGCCGUAAAAGAAGUUUUAGAAAAUAUUUUAAAUAUUAAACGCAGACUAAAUUUAAAAUCACGUCCGUUAAAAUGUGAAGAAAUUUUAAGUGAAUUAAUUAAUCAUGAUCCCACGCAAGUUGUAAAGCAAUUCAAAAAAUUUGAAAACGAUCGAGCCAUUUUAGUAAUCAAGACCUUCAAUAGCGCAACAAGAUUUAACCCCUGA